AUGACGCCGGCGCUGCUGCACGCGAGCUCUGCGCCGCCCAUGAGUGCGCGCGACGCCGCGUACUGGCUCGCAGUGGCCUCGACGCCCUCUUUCUUCCGUUCGACAUCGACUGCGACCGUCUCGACGUCGUCAUCCAUGGCCCGUGGCGUCUGCGGGGCCAGUCGUUCGCACCACUUCAGUCACAAAAGUAGCAGCAAGAAAAGUACCACCUCGAAUAAAACCCACGCCCAGUGGCCCGUCUUUGUUGCCGAAGAAGUGUACGAACAUCAACGGGACCAAAUAAUUAUCGGCUGGGGUUCGAUUGGUCAUUUAUUGCCACUCGAUCCGGACAAGUACGUGCGCGUUAUCCGGCGGGUCCCAUCGAGUCGCCAUUGUAUACAGAACCCAAGUCACCGUCCAAGAGACGAGGGAGAAGAGCAAGUUUUUUCCGAUGGAGACCAUGGCGAUAUACGGGAAGAAGAUGGACGUGUGUAUAAAGGUGCAGCAGACGAGACACCAAUGGAGAGUCUCGAAUGGUCGCCAUCCUCGACGUUUCCAGAGAUUUUAUUACCAGACGCAGUCGAGCAAGUCGGAGACGUAGCUCCUGGUCGGACACUGAAGUUACGGAGCAGGUCAGCUAUGGAUGCAUCACGAAAUGAACACAAGGUCCUGUCCAGUUCAGUGCCAGGUUCUGCAGCCAUUGGGUCGACCCCAGCUGGCUCUCCUUUGAGGUGGGAGUGGACGAGUCCCUGGCAUCUUGAAGUACCUGCUGACAGUCCAAUUGAUGCCGUUGAUGGGUGGCAGUAUGCUGCUAGUUUCUCCCAGUUUGGACCGGGACCUUCACGUGGGAUACCAAUAGACUUGAUGAGUCCCUCGUCCUUUCUGCACUCUAGUGGCGGCAACACGACGCGAUCGUUUUCUCCCCGAGCUGCUGGCAAACGGUUACGGGUCCGACGACGGAAAUGGGUACGCUACCGGCGCUUAUGCUCGACUCGGAGUGGACGGACCGGUGAUGUUCCUUCCAGUGCUUUUGACGACGCGUUUCUCGACUCGAUGAGCGGCUGGCUGCGGAAGCGAGGCCAUGUGCGCAAGAACUGGAAAGCCCGCUAUUUCGUGCUGGACAAGUCGAUCUUGCGGUAUUAUACGGACUCUUCUUGCACGAAACUCAAAGGUGAGGUGCUGCUUUUCCAUCCACAGACUCGCGUGCAUUAUGUAGACGUUCAUGUAGCUGGUGGUCGCGAUGCGAGUUUUGCCAUCCAAGUCGGUCCGGACUACACGUUGCUACUUCAUGCGGCUCAACUCUGCGACCGUGAAAACUGGAUGUACUGUAUCGAAGAUGCACUCCUGUGUCGGGACUCGUAUUACACGCAAGGACUGACUAGCGGACCCGGGCCGUACUUUGAUCUGCGGGAGAGUGUGGCUCAGCGACGACUACUGAGUGCAGAAGCGAUGGCGCUUGACGGCAGUUCGUUCCACGAUGCUAUGUGUGGCAUCCGCCAUGCUCACGAAGGUGCACUCAGUUGCAAGCUGAGUGACUCAGACGACCUUGACGACCAAUCGUCUCACGGACAGGAUACAGCUCAGCGAAGUCUCAGGAGUACGAAUAACAGCGACGUGCUCAAGCUCUGGGCCUCGCUUCAUGCCAAACCAGGCUGUUUGUUGAAUGCUGUAAGCUCUGCGUCUCCCAUGACGCGCUCGCUGUUGCGUGCCUGCAAUGAACUUUUUGCAAGCCCGACUAUGCACGAUCAUAUCACCAGCUUUCUUACGAUGUUCCGCCAGAAAUACGAUCAUCCGACUGUUUCUUCAGUGGCGGCAAUGAGUGCGUCAGCCUGGACACGGCUUUCGGAACCCUGGGCUCCAGUCGAAGGCUGUUACGGGACAAAUUGUGAGCAAGAUCUACGGGAGAGUCCUCUGGGUUCAACGCCGCACGAGCUUCACAGCGUUACGACUUUGCGAGACGCUCGCAGUCUGCUAGCACUCAAGAACUAUCGUUUUUUCUUGGAACGCUCGCUGGGACUUAUCAUGGACCAUGUGUCUAAUGCUGUGGACCCAAGGACAGCACGAACGCUUGGCCAUUCUGUAGAUGAUGAGAAGUGUGCCCCGACGGAUGAUGAAUUGGCUCUAGCUCGUCGUGCUGCUUUGUACAAGCUAGAGCGGCGCACGUUCAUUCCGCUGCAAGAGGUUAUAUACCAUCUACUGGGCGAUGAAAUGGGGCCUCGACGUGGACAACGGCAGGAAGAAGAGCGAUUUGAGCGAUUACGGGCGUUAGUAGCCGUCCAAACACAGAGUUUCCUGGACAUUCAUCCGUCGCACCAGUCGCCAACUGAGUGGAAGUUGGCGAUCGCUUUGAUUGACUCGAUGGAUAACUAUUCGCUGCCGUCCGAGAAGGCUGCUGUCCUCGUGGACGUGGCGCGGUGUAUAUACGAGACCGAUGCCCGGGAGCAUGACCACGCGACUGACAGAACUGCCAGUCCGAAGCAUCAAAAACGGUCGACGCUCAUGUCUGCCGAUGAUUUCCUGCCCAUCUUUAUCUUCGUCUUAGCCCGUUGUCAUCUCCGCAGCGUGAUCGUGACUCGUCACUUGAUCAGCGAGACGAUGGUCACGGCGUUGAUGAUUGGUGAGACUGGGUAUUACGCCACGAUGCUGGAGGCAGCGAUAGGAUACAUUGCAGCAUUUGACGGUACUGCGAAGACUGGUGAACCGGUUGAUCGAAAUGGUCGCAGAAAUGCUGCAGCCAGCUUUGGCUUUUGA